AUGCACGCUAUCCGUGCGAGCCCCAUCCCACUCACAGGGGCCGUCAUCGUCUCUGUCCUUACAGGUUCCGGGGAAGAGCGUACGCCCCUCUUCAAGUGCAUCCAGUGUGCCCUGGUGUUCGUCUCCGAGGAGUUCCUCGCGGAGCACCAGAGGUCCAGGCAGCACUACAGAGCGGGGAAGCGUCGGUGCCGCUUCUGCGACUACACGAGCGACCACAUGGGCAGCAUCAAGAGGCACGAGGUGACCCACACGGGCGAGAAGCCCUUCGUGUGCCAGGUCUGUUCCAAGGGCUUCACGCGGAAGAUGAGCCUGGAGAAGCACGUGAGCGCCGUCCACGAGGGAAAGAGGAUGUACAGGUGCGCCACCUGCGGGGACACCUUCCAGCAGAAGCACCACCUGCAGGCCCACGAGUCGGUGCACUCCAACGACAGGCCCCACGUCUGCAACGUGUGCGGGGCCAAGUUCAAGCUGAAGCAGUACCUGGGCAAGCACGUGCGCCUGCACGCGGGGUGCAGGGGCCUGCAGCACCUCAAGAAGCUGGGUUUCAGGUCGGGGGUUUUCCCGGCGCUCCAGUGA